AUGGCAGAGUCAGUGUCCGGAGCGAGCGAUGGACUCCGAGAAAGGAAAACCCUGGCCUCUCGCGCAAAAGCGUCGUCGGCGACGCUAGAGCCGGUUAUGAACAAAAUGCGGACAGAUGAGUCGGCUGAAAAAGAGCCAGAGAACAAGACGUUUGGGAGGACUGCAGAUGGUACUGUGUUCACCGUUCCACAUACCCGCGAUAUGGUGUCGCAGCUACUUUCUCCCUCGGAGCCAAAGAACUUUUCGGAUAUUCUGGUUCUCUCAAUUCUUGCCAUUCAUAUCUCACUGCUGUUAUACCUUCCAUCAUUCCUUCGCGUGCCCAUGUUCGCACUCUUAUUUCUCUUCUGGCGGGCGGCAUACAACGUCGGCAUAGGAUGGCUGUUACACAUGCAAUCAAACCAUCGGACUCUCAUUCUUUGGGCCCGAAAGCUGAAACUAUUUGUGGAUCCAUCUACUGGCGAAAACCCUCAUCCGUUUAUAUAUCGUUUUAUUAAGCGUGAACUUGAGACGAAAAUCCCAGAAGAUUACUCAUUUGAAAACGCGCCCCUUGAAUAUAACACUUGGCUUGUUUUCAGGAGGGUUGUCGAUUUGAUUUUAAUGUGCGAUUUCACCUCGUAUUGCUUAUUUGCGGUCGCCUGUGGAAGUCGCCCUGCAGGCGAGGGGUUUUUUGUUAUGGUGCUGCGUUGGUUCGCUGGACUGAGUCUUGUUCUAUUCAACCUAUGGGUUAAACUGGAUGCGCACCGUGUGGUGAAAGACUUUGCUUGGUAUUGGGGUGAUUUCUUUUAUCUGAUCGACCAAGACUUGACCUUUGAUGGGGUCUUUGAAAUGGCACCGCACCCGAUGUAUUCGGUUGGCUAUGCUGGAUACUAUGGGAUCUCGCUGAUGGCUGCCAGCUACAAGGUGCUAUUUAUCUCAAUUGUAGCACAUGCGGCUCAGUUUGCCUUUUUAGUCCUUGUGGAGAACCCGCAUAUUGAAAAGACAUACAACGCUCCUCCCCCCAGGCGCCGCACUGUCGACCCCGACAACUCUGCGCUGGAAUAUAAUGGAUCCAGAUCAAACUCCUUCAAUAGCGACAUGACUCCUCCAAUUGGAUUCCAGUCUGCACCGCAACCGCGCUCAACACAUACUCUGAUCGGCAGCAUGGAUCUCCAUCGGGUGACUGAUCUAUCGGUUCUCCUCAUCCAAUUACUUUUCUUCGCCCUCACGAUCUUAACCCCGUCAACCCCCGUCUACCAGUUUCUUUUCGUCCUCAACGCUGCAUUGUGGAGAAUAUGGUAUUCCGCUGGUGUUGGCUACAUCUUGAACCGUCAAUCAGUCCGAAAAUCCUGGACCAGGCAUUUUGUCAAGUUUGGCGAAGGUCAGGACGAAGCUUGGAGACAAUGGAAGGGUGUUUACCACUUGAGCAUGACCACUUGCUAUGCUAGUUUCAUCGCUGCUACUUGGAAGAUGUACACUUUACCCCAAGACUGGGGCUACGGGCUGGCGAUAUUGCGACAUGUGCUAGGUGUGGGCUUAGUUGCGUUACAGAUAUGGACAUCUAUCAGCAUCUAUGAAUCCCUGGGCGAAUUCGGCUGGUUCUUCGGUGAUUUCUUCUAUGAUGAAUCUCCCAAGUUAACAUACAGCGGUAUUUACCGCUUCUUGAAUAACCCCGAACGCGUUCUUGGACUUGCAGGAGUAUGGGGCGCUGUUUUGUUGACAAACAGCCGGGCAAUGAUUUUUGUUGCGCUACUUAGCCACACUCUAAGCAUUGCGUUUAUUCAGCUGGUGGAACGCCCUCAUAUGCAAAAGCUUUAUGGAAGAAGCUUGCGACGUGAUGCCGGACUAGUUAAAAGCAUCAAAAGGUCUCUUCCAAACUCCUUCAAGCAACUUCAGGGAAGCGUUGAUAAAAUUCUUGACGAGUCUAUUGAAUUUGUGGAAGAGGUUAUUGAUACAGCGGGGCCCAGACUUACCGCUGGCGUCUCCACCCUUGUGAAGGACACUACAGCACUCUUUCACAAAUACCCAGCCAGAGUCACUGUUACGCGUUUGGAACCCGAUCUUGCCGGUUAUGAAAUGAAAGACUAUUCUCUAACCAUCGAAGGUACGCGAUUGUCUCAAUCCGACAAGCCGACUGGUGCGGGAAAAGAAAAGCCGCGAAGCUCUGCAAACACGGAAGAUUUAGUUCUCGAAUACGGGGCUCCGAUUAGGGUCAAAUGGACUGCCGCCAUGAACCAUAGUAAAAAGGACUGGGUUGGAUUGUAUAUGGUUACCCAUAACUCAUCUCGAGAGAUUACCAAAGUUUCAUCACAGGGGCGGUGGAUAGCCACUAACGAAGGUGCUUUCGAUUCGUCAACCAGUGAAACUGGGCUUGUGAGCAGUGACAUUGUUAUUAAAACCGUGAAAGACAAGAACGGUAGGGCUCGUGAAGUUGCCUCUGGGGAAAUUGUUUUCUCAGGAGACAAGUUAUGGUGGAAUCAGGGCGUGUUCGAAUUUAGGUAUCAUCACAAUGGGAAGCACAACGUAAUGGCAAUAUCCCGGCCGUUUGAAAUCCGCAUUGCAAAGUUUUCCGAGGACGAAGUUCCGUUAGACAACUACGUCGUUGUUCGACCUGCCAUCGAAGGCGCUCUACUACCCAUUGUUCAGAAUUGUUUGGAUAGAGACCCGGAAAUUGCCCCACAAACCCCCGAAGAAGCCUUUGGCUCCCAAGUGGAUAGAGACAGUAAAUACGCGAAGAGGGUUGUGUUUGCGGUGCAACAUAUGUUUGGCAUCGAGUUCGCUCCUGAGGUAGUACGUGCUGAUGGCAACGUUCGUAAUUUGGCAUGGCGCAUCUGCAAUGCUAAGAAAGUUCUCGCUCCUUAUAGCAUGUCUGGUUCGGGUGGGACGACCACGCCAACCCGAGAAGACUGA